GAGAGGGAACCGACUGAGCUGUUUUGGCCUGUUGUGAGUGAUGGAUGUGGUAGAUGACUAGAUGGAUUCUUAAGCUACUCUCUUACUCCACGUCUCCACCAACAGGAUCCCCAACUUCUUCAUGUCCUCUUUGUAUUCACUUACUCUAUAAACCCACUUUUCACUUGCCUUUCUUCCAUUGGAUUUGGAUUAGAUGCCACAAUAAUGAAUCAAUUCCGCUUAUUAUCUUUCCAUAUUUCAUUAGGACUAUAAUAAUUGCUUUUUGGGUUGCUUAACCAUUUUAGUCACUAAUAUUUUUUGUGGGAGAUGAUCUCUCCUGGGCCCUGUCGGUGUUAAAGAUUCCUGAAACCCUUUUGUUUAUAAUUUCUGUAUUAGUUUCUGGUGUGGGUUUUGCUCAACUUUUAUAGAAACUCUUGCUUUAUUUUUUAUUGUAGCUGACUAGCUGUGUUGUAUACCACUCAGUUUCCAGAUCAGCAGCGGUCUUCGUUCUCUCUUUUCUUGCAUCACCUCACCCUUAUCUUCAACAUCAAUCUUGAUCCUGCACUUUUGCUUAUAACUUUUUUUGAUAAAGAAGUAGCAACGUUUAUGCUUCUUUUUUCAAGAGUUUCUGGUUCAGAGUUCAGACCCACUUGAUUAAGUUUGUUUUUGGCUUCAGUCCAAGAAGUUGAGUUCUCUUCUAUUCUAUUUUGGUUUGGAUUUAGCUGCAAAGAAGCUGGUCGGCUUGCAGAUCUGUGACUGAUUAUGGGUUGGUUCAGUUUGAUUUUUGGGUUGGUUUCAUUGCUCUCAGUGGUGCACUCGGUGGGUGGAAUUGGUGCUAACUGGGGCACACAGUCGACCCACCCUCUGCCUCCUGAAACAGUGGUGAGGAUGCUAGUGGAGAAUGGGAUACAAAAGGUGAAGCUUUUUGAUGCAAAUUAUGAUGCUUUGAGAGCUCUUGGUAAGUCUCGGAUUGAAGUCAUGGUAGGUAUUCCUAAUGACAUGCUUGCAACUCUUGCUAGCAGUGUGAAGGCUGCUGAGAAAUGGGUUGCCAAAAAUAUCUCAACACACCUCUCCACUGACAAUGUUAACAUCAGGUAUGUUGCUGUAGGGAAUGAACCUUUCUUGACAACAUAUAAUGGAACUUUCCUCGGGGUGACCUUCCCAGCUCUCCAGAACAUCCAAUCAGCCUUGAUAAAAGCUGGGCUUAGCAAUCAAGUAAAGGUCACUGUCCCCCAGAACGCCGAUGUCUACGGGACUGAAAGUAGCUUACCAUCGGGUGGCGACUUUAGAACCGAUAUCCAUGAUCUCAUGGUUGCUAUUGUCAAGUUUUUGAGUGACAACGGAGGCUCCUUCACUGUAAACAUCUAUCCCUUCAUAAGCCUCUACACCGAUCCCAGCUUUCCAGUUGAUUAUGGCUUCUUCGAUGGCAAUGCAUCACCUUUAAACGAUGGUGGGACAAACUACUACAACAUGUUUGAUGCAAAUCAUGACACUCUCGUCUACGCCCUCGAGAAAAAUGGGUAUGGAAACUUGCCUAUUAUUAUAGGAGAGAUAGGUUGGCCAACUGACGGGGACCAAAAUGCUAAUCUGCAAUAUGCUCGACGAUUCAGCCAAGGUUUCAUGAAUCAUAUAUCAGGUGGGAAGGGUACUCCAAAAAGACCAGGGCCUAUCGAUGCUUAUUUAUUUAGUUUGAUUGAUGAAGAUGCUAAAAGUAUUGACCCAGGAAAUUUUGAACGCCACUGGGGAAUAUUUACGUACGAUGGCAUACCCAAGUACCCUCUCAACCUUGGUACAACAAAUUCAAGUUCUUUAGUUCCUGCUAAAAGCGUGCACUACUUGGAUCGUAAAUGGUGCGUGAUGAGGCCAUCUGCAAGGCUUGACGAUCCAGGAAUCGCAAAUAGUAUGAGCUAUGCCUGUGCUCUUGCAGACUGCACUAGCCUUGGUUAUGGCACAUCCUGCGGGAAUUUGGAUGCUAGGGGGAACAUUUCUUAUGCAUUCAACAGUUACUUCCAGAAGAACAAUCAGCUGGAUACUGCAUGCAAAUUCCCGAAUCUUUCGAUGAUUGCAAAAUCUGAUCCUUCAGUUGGAAGUUGCAGAUUUGAGGUAAUGAUGGAGCCAUACUACGGAGGAGCAGGACCAGUCAACUGUCUCCCACAUAAGAUGUUGAGUUUGAUUACUGGAGUUGUAAUAUUUUUGGUAACAAUUGCGUGAUUCUAGGGUUUCCAAAUCUUGAACUUUUGUUUCUCCUCUUAGACCCAUCUUCUUAUUUGGUCUGUAGGAUAGCUAACAUGAUAGCAGUGUAGUGCAAAUUUUGCGACUCACAGGUCAUGUUAGGUUGUAUUUUUGCUAUGUGAAAAUUUAUGAUGGUCUGUUUCAUUAGGGUUUUUGUGAA